AUGGCACCCCUCGAUACUUCUCCGCCGUCACUUCUGUACUGGAUAGCAGCAGGGAUUCUCCUGGCUGCGAUCGUGGCCAUCCGCUAUAUCCGUGGUUCCACGCUCAAGGACAUCCGCGGGCCGCGAAGCUCGUCCUUCUGGACAGGUAACAUUGGCGACUACAAAUAUCAACGUGAGGUUGGCGAACUCGAGUUUCAAUGGCUCAAGAAGUACGGUGGAGCCUGGAAGAUUCACGACCCUCUUGGUGGUGAACGUCUGAUGCUCGCAGACCCGAAAGGCUUGCAGUAUGUCCUGCAGACGUCCGGGUAUCGUUUCCCUAAGAACGCUAUCUCUCAAGGCGAGAUCCACAUGAUCUUCGGUGACGGAAUUCUUUGGGCCCAAGGCGAUCAACAUCGCAAGCAUAGGAAAAUCAUGAACCCCGCGUUCUCUGUUCCUCAGCUCAAGUCCUUCCUGCCGGUCUUCUUGGGUUACGCGGAAAAGCUAGUACAAAAGUGGAAAGAAGAGGAGAUCACGCCUGGUCAGGGUGCUGUUGAGCCCGUCAUCAACGUUUACUCGUGGCUGUCUCGUACGACGCUCGACGUCAUUGGCGAGGUCGGGUUCGGUUUCCAAUUCGGUUCUUUGAAUAACAAGAAGAGCGAACUUGCUGCGGCAUACGAGGGGCUUUUCCUGGAAGGUAACCUCUAUCCGGCACGCUGGUUCCUCGUCUUCCGCUCCCUUUGGCGCUACAUCCCUGCAUCGGUUCUGUGGUACAUGCGCUACCUCCCAAACCGCGAGUCUCGCCGCUUCCGCGACUACCUGGACUACCUCCGCAAGUUCGGUCGUGAGCUUGUAUCACAAGCUCAGGUCGACAACGAAGCGGCUGCGAAGGACGUUAUGAGCGUGCUACUGCGUGCCAAUGGAGCCGAAGAGGCGAGCCUGAAGCUGAGCGAUAUCGAGCUCAUCGACCAGAUCUCCAACAUCAUACUUGCCGGGCACGAUACGUCAUCCUCUACUCUGAGCUUCUGGCUUUUGGAACUCGCGCGCCACCCUGACUGGCAGAGGCGCGUGCGCGAGGAAAUCCGUGCCGUGCGCCGCAAGCUCGCAGAUGCCGGCGAGUCCGGCUUCUCUUUGGCUGAUCUGGAGGGAAUGUCUGUCAUGCACGCGACGUUAAAGGAAGCUAUGCGUUUGCAUCCUAUCGUCCCGUCACUCGAGCGCAAGGCUGGUCAAGACGACGUGAUACCGCUCGCAAACCCAAUCAUCGGCAAGUCCGGCAAAGCCAUCACUUCGAUUCCAGUCAAAAAGGGUCAAGAGAUUCACAUCAACAUCGGGUCUUACAACCGAAACCCUGAGGUGUGGGGUGCCGACGCGGACGAAUUCAACCCGGAUCGGUUCUCGAAACUUGACAAGUCUGGAAUGACCCCAGUCGGUCUUUACGCGAACCUACUUACAUUCUCUGCCGGUGUCCGUGGCUGCAUAGGUUGGCGCUUCGCGAUCAUCGAGAUCCAGGCGAUAGCCGCGACGCUCAUCGAGAACUACGAGUUUGCGCUCCCGCCUCAGACGAAGGAAAACGCCGUCAGGCGCAUGCCGACCGUGAUCAUGGCGCCGGCAACGGAUGCUCAUCCAGAGGGCUGGCUGGGCUUGAAGGUCAAGUACUGCGGGGAGAAGUGA